AUGUUUGUUAAGAUAAUUUCAUCGAUUCAGUACCAAGUAAUAAAGCAAAGUGCUGAUGAUGCAUUCUACGAGUUGCAGAACCCUGCAGAACAAAUUCAACCUUAUAUUUUUGAUGGUAAAUACUUACUUCUUUUCCAGCUCCUAUAUCACAAGACAUGGAAAGAUAACUCGAUCACCUAUCGAGCACAGGUUCCAAGAAUGACUUUGGAUCAACUCUUUGAGCAGAAGAAUGAAGUUGCAAAAACUGUAUUGGAGGAACUUGAGAAGGUGAUGGUAGAAUAUGGGUGCACAAUAAAGCACAUACUGAUGGUCGACAUCAUACUUGAUCCCUCUGUGCGUGGAGCAAUGAAUGAGAUCAAUGCAGCCAGUUUACAGGAUGUGUUUAUUGAACAUAUAUUGCAGUAA